AUGCCAAACCAACAGAAGAAAGUCAUUUUUUGCAUGGCCGGGGUAUUGAGCUUCGUGUGUGCCCUUGGAGUUGUGACAGCCCUGGGGACACCGUUAUGGAUCAAAGCCACCUUCUUCUGCAAAACGGGGGCUCUGCUAGUCAACGCCUCAGGGCAGGAGCUGGACAAGUUCAUGGGUGAGGUCCAGUACGGGCUUUUCCAUGGAGAGGGCGUGAGGCAGUGUGGAUUAGGAGCAAGGCCCUUUCGGUUCUCAUUUUUCCCAGAUCUGCUCAAAGCAAUCCCUGUGAGCAUCCACGUCAACGUCAUCCUCUUCUCCCUGAUUCUGGUCCUCCUGACCAUGGUAGGCACAGCCUUCUUCAUGUACAAUGCUUUCGGCAAGCCUUUUGAGUCUCUGCAUGGUCCACUGGGGUUGUACCUUCUGAGCUUCAUUUCAGGCUCCUGUGGCUGUCUUGUCAUGAUUCUGUUCGCCUCUGAAGUGAAGAUUCACCACCUCUCAGAAAAAAUUGCAAAUUAUAAAGAAGGGACUUAUGCCUACAGAACACAAACUGAAAAAUACACCACCUCAUUCUGGGUCGUGUUCAUUUGCUUUUUUGUUCAUUUUUUGAAUGGGCUCCUCAUACGACUUGCUGGAUUUCAGUUCCCUUUUGUAAAAUCGAAAGACACAGAGACGACGAAUGUAGCUGCGGAUCUAAUGUACUGAAAGGCAGACGUUUCUGCGGUUUUCCAAGGCAGUGAGUGGACUUGCUUUGGUCACUUGGAUAUGGUUCAUUUUAAAUGCCCUAAUUAAAACACCCAAACCCCCGGUGAUCAUGUUUACACACUAUGUACUAAGGACACAGGCUGGAAAGUAAAGGGAGCAGAAGGAAGGCUUUGGAAGGCUGUGCUGCCUGGUGGGAAAUGGCUUCACCAGGGGUUGUCAAGGCAGUCGACUGGAAUGGACAGAUUCUUGCUCCAUACACACAGCAACGUGCACAAUGACUUUCCAUCCCGGAGGAAUCAGAAGGCACGGGGAAUAUAUUUUAAUACAAACAAAUACUAUUUCUGAUCUACCCACACAUUUGUUGCUACAGACACCGGAAAAGAGAGCUACAAUAACUUUUUUUAA